AUGCCUUCUCCUCGCGGCUCACCUGCUCUGAGGCCAUCGUCGCCCAUGUCGCCCCGCUUUGAGACGACGCCACGCUACGAAUUGCAGCCUCCAUCACCUCGCGGUCUUCACCCUCGCUCUGCUGCUACGAGCUCUCAGAUGCGCCAUCGCAACGCCGCCACUGCCAACACUCUCAAGUUGCCUGGUCUGCCCCGCUUCCACCCAGCAAACUUCCCUUCAUCACAAUCAUCAUCCAUUGCAAACACCCCCGGUACCGGUCCGACUUCGCCAUCCAAUCCUCCAGUCAGCCCAAAGGCUCAGCAAAGGCUCUACUCUGAGGCUCAAAAACAACUCUACCUCUAUCAACGAGAGAUUUUGGCUGCUCAGGCUGCCGUCACCGCCGCUGCAAAUGCAAGUUCUGGAAGACCGCAAUCAGCUCGCUUUGAGAAGCCAUUGAGCCCCCGCCUUGCCCCACUAGGCAGUCCUGGUCCUGUAACGCCGCUUGAGUUGGAAGGCCAGGACAGUUACUUGCUGGCAGGUGCCCACGUAUCGUCUGCCGCUGCUCACGCCGCCGCUGCACAAGAAGCUGCGGCGCAACUCUCGGCACAGCACUCUGAUCUUGUCGACAAGCUCAUCGAGCAAGAAGUCCGCCGCAGCACGGAUCUGGAUCGCGCCAUGGAGAAUAUCACCCGAUGA